UUUCUAUCAAUUGCCAUUCCAAUUGUCAAAACAGUUGCUUUCUUUUUUUUAUUUUAUCUGUUUUUGUUAUUAACAUUUUCACUUCUUCACCGAGUUUUUAAAAUAUCAAGUUUCUUAUUUCGCUGUCAUGGAAUCAAAUGAAGCUGACUCAAAUGGUAUGGAAAGUCAAAUGGUGUUGAGAGAUGAUUUGAUCAAAACUGCAGUUGACUUCCUUAAAAUACCAAAAGUUGCCAAUAGUUCUAUUGAUAAAAAGAAAAGUUUCCUUCGUUCCAAGGGUUUAAAUGAUGAUGAGAUUGAUGUGGCUUUCUUACAGUCUGGUAUCUCUGGUUAUGGACACGGUGAUAUGGCUGUAGCUGAAAGAUCUGCUUGGUCUUCCCUGGCAAGAUUCACGUUUUCAACAGCAAUUAUUGGUGGUAUCUUUUAUGGUGGCUAUCAUUUAUACAAGAAAUAUAUUCAACCUAAAAUCCUGCAAUACUUCAGUGAUCGAUUGGAUACAAUUGAAAGUAAAUUGGACAACAUUGUGGAAACUGUUAAAAAAUUGGAGACUGAAUCUGCAAAUGACAAACUUAAUAUUAUGAAAACAUCUCGCCCUAAUGCUGCUGAAAUCCAUGCUAUUAAUGAACUGAAGACUGAAAUUUCAUCUGUCAAAGCCUUGAUUUUGAGUAAAAAUUCUUUCCCAAUGAAACCUUCCUCAGAAGCAACAAUACCUUCAUGGCAGCUCGAUGAACCAGUAACAAAUGGGAUUCCCAGUGUUAUAUCAGCAACUGAAGAAGACGAUGAUUGAUUAAAGCAAAAUUUAUCAAGGAAGUAAAAAAAACUGGUCAACAUGAAAUAUUGGAUUUGCAUUUAUUUUUAAAUUUGGUGGUUAGGUGGUCAAAAGUAAAUGCAAGUAAAAUUAAUAAGUUACAAUAUUUAGUUUUGUUUACAAAGUUGUAUAUUAUCUUUUUUUAUAAGUUAACAAGUUUGGUAUAAAUCACAUAGGGAGUUGAAUCGUACAGCAUGUCGCAUCUAAAUAAUUAUAUCUCAAGGAGCCUUUCAACACCUGAUCCAAGUAAAUCGUUAAAGCGAAGUAUUCUUCCUCUCAAACUUUUAGUUAAAUUUACUCUUUUAGUUCGAGCCCAAUCAACAAAAUCAGGAUUAACAUCUCUCAAUUGUUCAAUUAGUUGGUCAAUCGUUUCAUUCACUUGACGCAAAUUGCCCUCCAAGCGAAGUCCAAUAUUUAUUUUGGCUUUUGUGAAAUCAGCCUCAAGGUCUUCAACAAUCUCAUCAUAUUUGGCUAAAGCUUCUUCCAACUUUUCCUCAUCAACUUCAUCUCCACGUCCCAUGAAAGAUUCAACGAUACCUGUAACUAUAUCUUUGCCUUUUCCUAAUCGAUCCCUAAAAGAAUCCAAAUUUUCUAAAAGUCGAGCAGUUUUCGUUUUACGCUUGGAAGUCGAUUUACCAGGAGCUGUGACAGUUGAAGGUGAUGGCAGUGAUACAUCUUGUUUAUCAGGCACCGAAGUAUUCACUUUAUCCUCUGAAUCGUCAUCUUCUUGAGCAUUUACUGGCAAAAGGAAAAGAAAAUUUCAAAACAAAUGAACACACUUUAUACUUAUUGAUGAAACAAUUAAGAUGAGAGUUGCACAAAAUCCGGGAAAUGAAAUCCAAGCAAGAGAAGACACUAACCUUUUAUCCAAAUCAGUCCGAUUAUCAAAACUGUGAGAAGAAAUAAUUUAUCAUUGAACAUUAGAAAUCUCAUAACGACAAUUAAAAUAUUUUCCAACUGAAAUCUGAUAUUAUGAUGUAAUUUUGAAAACACAAACUUCUGAUCAAUGUUUUUCGCUUAUAGCCAAAUGUAAAUUCUUGAACUGUUGAAAUCUCAGAGUCACAUAUAAACUAUUGAAUCGACUUUGAUUUUGUGUU